CAGCAAGCCCCUGUCCCUCCUCCGUGCCUGUCUGCUGUUUCCUGGUGUCACUGAGAACAAAUUUCUAAAGAACUUCCUACUCCUCAGGCUUGAUACUCGAGGUCAGGAGUCCUGAAAAUGUUCCUGCAAGUAUUUCUGUCCUUGAAGCCUUGAGACCAUCAGCCAGGGAAGGCUGUAAACAGGAGGAAGAAGAGGGUGCACCCAAGGGAGCCUGCCACAGCCACCUGAGCCUGCAAUGCUACCUCCAGACCAGCCUCCCAGGCGCUUUCCAGAGAUGGAUUAUUUUACUUUCCUCGUGGCUCUUCUUCAUGUACACAAAGCUCUAGGUGAAGAGAUAUUUUGGAACACAAGAGUCAAACUUGCAGAGACUCUGACUCUCGAGUGUCAGUAUCCAUUGGGCACCUUAGUCCAGAUGGAGUGGUUCAAGAUCAACGCAACGGAGAAAGAGUCCAUAGCCAUUUUUCACCCGACCUUUGGUUCAGAAAUCAGGGAGCCCUAUGUUGAUAGGGUUUACUUCUUGAAGUCAACCUCGGGUCCCAACGAUAUGAUGCUGGCCUUUCACAAUGCCUCUGAGGCUGACGUUGGUUCCUAUUCCUGCCUUCUUGAAAUAUUCCCAUAUGGAUCUUGGGAAAAGGUGAUACAGGUGGUUCCAUCAGAUAGCUUUGAGAUAGCUGUGCCAUUGAAUAGCCAUGUGGUCUCAGAACCUGGAGAAAACAUCACAUUCAUGUACGAACUUCAAAUGAAGGGUCCCAUGCAACAAGUCACAUGGGAAAAGGUCCAGUCCCAUCAGAUCGACCUCCUAAUCAGCUGCAACUUAUCCCAAGGGAAAAGCUCCCCCUCAAGGUUUAGGAGGCAAAUCCUGAGCAACUGUAGCCAGGGGAUGAGAAGGAGCUUUAUCCUCAUGCCCCACGUCGUGGCCUCUGACUCCGGACUUUACCGUUGUUGCUUCAAGGCCAGCACAGGAGAAAAUGAAACCUUUGUGGUAAGGUUGACCGUAACUGAUGGUAAAAACGACAACCAAUAUGUCCUCUGGAUGGUUGUAGGGGCAGUUUUAUCGUUGCUGUUUGUUAUCCUAAUUGCCGCUGUCAUUGUCAUUCUGUAUAACAGGAAGAGAAGGAGACAGAAAAGUGUCCAAGGUAAAGAGUCCCAGGCCACACAGAAUAAGGCAUCCAACAACUACAGAAGUUCCUUCUCCAUCAGUCAACCAUCAGAUGGUGCAGGAGAGGACAUUUAUGUCAACUACCCAACCUUCUCCCGGAGACCGAAGACUAGAGCCUAAGCUUUUUUCUUGAUCUGAGCAAAUUUAUGACUGUUAAAUCCAUGGAUCUUUAUACAAUUUCUUCCCACUAUUCAGUGUCUACCCUGGAUGCCAGUAGACUGAAUAUAUUUUACUUUUUUUCAAUCCAAACAGCACCCUAUUUAAUUCCCCAACAAAACGAUGGAAAAAAGAUUCUCAGUACUACAUUUACAUAUAAAAUCUCCACCUAAUAAGUAAUAGAAGCCUAUGUGCCAAUUUCUAAAAACAGUUAUAAGAUACAUACACAAUUUUGGGUAUAUUAACAAAACAGAAUAUGACAAAAUGUUAAAGACAAUCUCCUGUCUAUGGGUCUCAUCACCUCUGACCUGAAGGGGCAGCUGUGAUGGCCUGGAAGACAUCAGAGCCUCUUCUGCUUCCUCAUCCCAGGACUGUGCUCAGGGCGAAGAGGAGCCUGUCUGUCUUGCCCCCGAGCUACAGUGCAAGCCCUGCUGCUGGCCUGGACAUGAAACCACCGGAUCCACCUGCUCUUGUUCUCCCUGGUGUUGGUGACCUACAUCACCUAGAGAACAUUCUUAACAGAAAUGUUUCAGUCAACCAGACUCUAAUUAGCUUAGACAUGAAAGGCAACUUACUGACUCAUGUAAUGGAGCCAUCCGGGGAGGUCAAGCUUCAGGCAAAGGUUAUUGACCAGGACUUAAAUGUCAUGUCUGAAAUCAAGUGUGGGCACAAACCAGCUUCUGGAUCCCUUUCCAUGGCAUUGGAUCCACUUCACUGGUGUUGGUCUAACUCCGUGGUUGGCAAACUGCGGCUCGCGAGCCACAUGCGGCUCUUUGGCCCCUUGAGUGUGGCUCUUCC